ACGCUAACGGCUGCCAGCGGCUUUUGAUAUUGAAAAGCUGGAUAUUUGGAUAGCGGUGUUCAUAAUCUGUUACAUAUAUUGUGAGGGGGGCCUUUGCCGAAGAUAGGUUUGACGAUCAUUGGAAUCUGUUUCAUACACCAUGAGCUCUGAAGUUACCAAGAAAAUCGUGGGAACCCACGAACCAACUGCCUUGGAAAAGGAAAUUGCUAACUGCUUGGUUUACAUCCAAACCAGCGGAAACGCGGACCUUAAGGGCGACGUGCAGAAUGUGGUGAUCUCCCACUGCAAGGAAGUAGAAGUUGGAGCACUCAAGAAAAGUGCCGUCAUCAUUUUUGUACCUUACCGCGUUUACAUGAGCUAUGUUCGCCGCAUCCAUGGCCGUCUGGUUGUCGAACUCGAGAAGAAGACCAAGAAGCACGUAGUGAUUAUCGCCCAGCGUACAAUCCUCCCUAAGAACUUCCGUAGCAAGCAGUUCCGUAUCAGGCCCAGGAACAGAUCAUUGACCAGUGUUCAUGAGGCCAUUCUUGAGGAUAUCGCAGCGCCCACCGAAAUUGUCGGCAAAGUGCUUCGCGUUAAACGCGAUGGCAGCCGUAUCCUUAGAGUCUACCUGGACCCCAAGGACAAACAAAACGAUAAUGUAGAGGACAAGCUGGAGACGUUUGCUGCUGUUUACAAGAAGCUCACCGACAAGGAUGUUGUGUUCUCUUUCAAGCUCCAUGCCUGAACACACUCUAAUGAUUGCAAUAGUAAUGAGAUUAUGUUGGGUUAAUACAUACACAUGUAGCUUAUUAGUAGAAAUGCCGUUCGGUGUGUCCGUAAAGGAAAGCCUAACGGUAUUGGCUUGCUCUACAAUGUCCCUUGUUGCAGGCUUCUACAUCACGCACAAAGCUCUGCGACCA